AUGGAUGCAGAGACAGGGAGCAGCGUGGAGAGUGGGAAGACGGCCAACAGAGGCACUCGAAUCGCCCUGGCCGUGUUCGUUGGUGGCACCCUGGUGCUGGGCACAGUCCUCUUUCUAGUGAGUCAAGGUUUCUUAAGCCUCCAAGCUAAGCCGGAGUACUGCCUGAAGCCAGAAUGCAUCGAAGCUGCUGCUUCCAUCUUGAGUAAAGUAAAUCUGUCUGUGGACCCUUGUGAUAAUUUCUUCCGGUUUGCUUGUGAUGGCUGGAUAAACAGUAAUCCAAUUCCUGAAGAUAUGCCAAGCUAUGGGAUUUAUCCUUGGCUGAGACGUAAUGUCGACCUCAAGUUGAAGGCACUUUUGGAGAAAUCAAUCAGUAGAAGGCGGGACACCGAAGCCAUACAGAAAGCCAAAAUCCUUUAUUCGUCUUGCAUGAAUGAGAAAGCAAUCGAAAAAGCAGAUGCCAAGCCAUUGUUACAUAUCCUGCGGCACUCACCUUUCCGCUGGCCUGUGCUCGAAUCUAAUAUCGGUCCUGAAGGGGUUUGGUCAGAGAGAAAGUUCAGCCUUCUUCAGACACUUGCGACGUUUCGUGGCCAGUACAGCAAUUCUGUGUUCAUUCGUUUGUAUGUGUCCUCUGAUGACAAGGUGUCCAACGAACACGUCUUGAAGCUGGACCAAGCAGCGCUCUCCCUAGCCGUGAGGGAAGACUACCUUGAUAAUAGCACAGAAGCCAAGUCUUAUCGGGAUGCCCUUUACAAGUUCAUGGUGGAUACUGCCGUGCUUUUGGGAGCUAAUAGCUCCCGAGCAGAGCAUGACAUGAAGUCGGUGCUUAGGUUGGAAAUUAAGAUAGCUGAGAUAAUGAUUCCACAUGAAAACCGAACCAGUGAGGCCACGUACAACAAAAUGAACAUUUCCCAACUGAGUGCUGUGAUUCCCCAGUUUGACUGGCUGGACUUCAUCAAGAAGGUCAUCGAUGUCAGACUCUACCCUGAACUGAAAGACAUUGGCCCCUCAGAGAAUGUGGUGGUCCGUGUCCCUCAGUACUUUAAGGAUUUGUUUAGGAUAUUAGGCUCUGAGAGGAAGAAGACCGUUGCCAACUAUUUGGUGUGGAGGAUGGUUUAUUCCAGAAUUCCAAACCUAAGCAGGCGCUUUCAGUAUAGGUGGCUGGAAUUCUCACGGGUAAUCCAGGGUACCACAACUUUGUUGCCUCAGUGGGACAAAUGUGUCAACUUUAUUGAAAGUACCCUCCCUUAUGUUGUUGGAAAAAUGUUUGUGGAUGUACACUUCCAGGAAGACAAGAAGGAGGUGAUGGAGGAAUUGAUUGAGGGUGUUCGAUGGGCCUUUAUUGACAUGCUGGAGAAAGAAAAUGAGUGGAUGGAUGCAGGGACAAAAAGGAAAGCCAAAGAAAAGGCGAGAGCUGUUUUGGCAAAAGUUGGCUAUCCUGAAUUUAUAAUGAAUGAUACUCAUGUUAAUGAAGACCUCAAGGCGAUCAAGUUUUCAGAAUCUGACUACUUCGGCAACGUCCUGCAAACCCGCAAGUAUUUAGCACAGACUGAUUUCUUCUGGCUGAGAAAAGCUGUUCCAAAAACAGAGUGGUUUACAAAUCCAACGACUGUCAAUGCCUUCUACAGUGCAUCCACCAACCAGAUCCGAUUUCCAGCAGGAGAGCUCCAGAAGCCUUUCUUUUGGGGAACAGAAUAUCCUCGAUCUCUGAGUUAUGGCGCUAUAGGAGUAAUUGUUGGACAUGAAUUUACACAUGGAUUUGAUAAUAAUGGUAGAAAAUAUGAUAAAAAUGGAAACCUGGAUCCUUGGUGGUCUGUUGACUCAGAAGAAAAGUUUAAGGAAAAAACAAAGUGCAUGAUUAGCCAGUAUAGCAACUAUUAUUGGAAGAAAGCUGGCUUAAAUGUGAAGGGGAAGAGGACCCUGGGAGAAAAUAUUGCCGAUAAUGGAGGUCUGCGACAAGCUUUUAGGGCUUACAGGAAAUGGAUAAAUGACCAGAGGCAGGGGGUUGAGGAGCCUCUCCUACCCGGCAUUGAAUUCACGAACAACCAGCUUUUCUUCCUGAGUUAUGCUCAAGUAAGGUGCAAUUCCUACAGACCAGAAGCUGCCCGAGAACAAAUCCAAGUUGGUGCUCACAGCCCCCCUCAGUUUAGGGUCAAUGGUGCAGUUAGCAACUUUGAAGAAUUCCAGAAGGCUUUUAACUGUCCAUCCAAUUCCACGAUGAACAGAGGCACGGACUCCUGCCGACUCUGGUAG